AUGUUUGCACUAUCAUCAUUCCGAACGCCGAUUGUUGCUAAAGCUUCGAGAAUCUCAUUAUAUUCAACGAUUAAUGUAGAUUUUAAAGAUGAGAUCAAAGAGGAAGAGGAAAAACUGGUUGUGAGAAAACCGAUACCAAAAAAUUCUAGUAAAAUUCAAUCUUGGAGGAAACCUGUCUAUUAUGCUCCACAUCAGCAUGUUUUCGAGCAAUCUCCCGAUUUUUCGUUUAAAGAUGGCAGAACGGUACACGUGACGUCGCAAAAGCAGCUAGAUUAUAAAUUGGAUCAAAUUCGAUUGGCGAAGAAAAUAGUAUCAUUGCUUAAAGAAACGCAGGCUGUCGAAGAGAUUUACAAAAAAGAAGUUGCGCAGAAAGAAGCCCGAGAAAAGGAAGAAGCUGCGAAACGACCGAUUGAAAAGGGAAAAAUGAUGAUCGCUUGA